AUGAUUGCGAGUUUGUGGGUCUUAAGCCACUAUUUCUUUUACGUAAAUUCCCAACCACUUAAUACUUCUCUUGGUUUUGCACCAGCUGUAGCAACAUGGUAUGGGGACCCCAAUGGACCUGGAAGUGUUGGGGGAGCUUGUGGUUUUGGAGGUGAGGUAGCAAAUCCUCCAUACUACGCGUUGGUUUCUGCGGGAAACAACAAUCUUUUUAAAUCUGGAUGGGGUUGCGGAAGUUGUUAUCAGGUCAAAUGCUUUCAGAAUGCAGCAUGUUCGGGUAAUCCAAUCACUGUAACAAUUGCAGAUGAGUGUCCUGGUAACUGUAACAGCGACCCAAUUCACUUCGACUUAAGUGGAAAAGCUAUGGGUUAUUUAGCAAAGCCUGGUCAAGCUGACGCAUUGCGCAACGCAGGACAAAUCAACAUUCAAUAUCAAAGGGUACCAUGUUAUUACAAGGGGACAAGUAUAACAUUCAGGAUUGAUACAGGCUCCAACCCUUACUACUUGGCUUUUGUAACUGAAUAUAUGAAUGGAGAUGGUGAAAUUGGGUCUAUGGAGUUAUUACCUUCAAAUUCGAAGACUCCAUUGUACAUGAAACAGGUCUUUGGUGCAACAUGGAAAGCUGAUAUACCUAUUGGAAUAAAGGGCCCUUAUUCAGUGAGGAUAACGAGUCUUGAGUCCAAAAAAACAGUUACAGCAUACAAUUCGAUUCCGGCGGAUUGGCUUCCAGGAAGAUACUAUAUUGCAAAUGUUAACUUCUAG